AAAUGAAAUGUCCGGUCCUGAACACCACGUGCUCGAGGCUCAUCAGCAUAAUAAUCAUCUCGCGUGUGCACGUAUAUAAACCACAAAACCUGAGCUCGCCAAAGCGCCUGCCUCCAAAGACAAACCGCACAACGAGACCAAAAAAGCUGCGGCUUUUCCUAUCUUCUCCAUCUCCUCCAUCUUCUCCAUCUCCUACAUCAUCUCCUCCAUCAUCUCCUCCAUCUCCAACCGCAACUUUCGGAGGUUUUUUCUUUUAUUACUGCGUCCGUGCCAACUUGUGGGGAAAAGUUGAAUAUUUUACGGCAUCUUUGAAUUAGAAGCUAUUAGGCAGAAGUAUUCGAGUUUUCCUCCCUUUUGACGCAGCAUGUGUUUAAACCAUUCGGGUUUAAAGCGAGACCUUAUUCUGCUUUUCCUCCUGGAUGCGCGUACACUCGCUUUUCUCUCGGACCUUCGCUUCGUUGUCUGUAAACUUCAAACCGCGGAAAAACGACUGAGUUCGAUCAAGAACAGAACGAUGCCUCUGACUCUUUUAAGCUGAAAAAAGCAGCCAAACGACAAAGAUCGCGCGCGAGGCUUUGAGGCUGAUUCUCACGAGGAACGAGUUAUUUCGAUUUCACCUUCGAGGGCGCGCGCGCGCACAUGCAACACAGACAGGACGCCGCUUUUCCACUAUGACAUACUAGAGAACCGUUAACGCGUGUCCAGAGCGCGAGCGCUCAGAGGGGCUCAAAAAAGACUAUUAAAAAAAACAGACUGGCGAUUUGAUCUGAAGCAGCCUGACGGUCUGAUUUGUGUGUGUACGUGCGUGUGUGUGUUUCUGUGUAAUGCGCAUUCCGAUAGAUCCGAGCAGCAGCAGGAGGUUCAGCCCGCCGUCAAACGGAGUGCAGGCUCUGCCCGGGAAAGCGGCGGAUGCGAGCGCGGCGGGAGCGACGCAGCACGAGGCGAACACGGCGGCGGUGCCGAGACUGCGCACGCACGACAACCGCACCAUGGUGGAGAUCAUCGCCGACCACCCCGCCGAGCUCGUGCGCACCGACAGCCCCAACUUCCUCUGCUCCGUGCUGCCGUCUCACUGGAGGUGUAACAAAACUCUGCCGGUCGCCUUCAAGGUUGUUGCACUGGGGGACGUUCCUGAUGGAACCGUGGUUACAGUUAUGGCAGGAAACGAUGAGAACUACUCGGCAGAGCUGAGGAAUGCCUCAGCCGUCAUGAAGAAUCAGGUGGCACGCUUUAACGACUUGAGGUUCGUCGGGAGGAGUGGGCGAGGAAAGAGCUUCACUCUGACAAUCACAGUAUUCACCAACCCUCCUCAAGUGGCCACUUACCACCGAGCCAUAAAGGUCACAGUGGAUGGACCACGAGAACCAAGGAGACACAGGCAGAAGCUGGAGGACCCUCCCAAACCAGGCUUGUUCUCUGAGCGCCUGAGUGAACUAGAACGUCUGCGCCAUAGCACCAUGAGGGUCGGCGUGCCCACACAGAGCCCACGGCCAUCUCUCAACACCGCAGCAAACUCCUUCAGCCCACAGGGACAGACACAGAUCUCAGACCCACGGCAGUCCCAGUCAUCUCCGCCGUGGUCGUAUGAACAGCCGUACACGCCCUACCUGAGCCAGAUGACAUCUCCUUCUAUCCACUCCACCACUCCGCUGUCCUCCACCCGAGCCACGGGCUUGCCCGCCAUCAGUGAUGUACCGAGACGUCUCUCAGGUACGUCAGAUCUGAGCCCUUUUGCAGCCGACCCACGCCAGUUUGAGCGCCAGUUUCCCAGCCUGUCUUCUCUGACCGAGACACGUUUCUCUAGUCCCAGGAUGCACUACCCUGCCACAUUCACCUAUACACCAACCCCUGUGACAUCAGGCAUGUCUCUAGGCAUGUCCAGCACCACCCACUACCACACCUACCUGCCACCUCCAUACCCAGGUUCCACCCAGAACCAGAGUGGGCCAUUCCAGACCAGCAGCACGCCGUAUCUGUACUACGGGGCUUCGUCCGGCUCAUACCAGUUCUCCAUGGUGCCAGGAGGGGAACGUUCCCCAACGCGGAUGCUGCCGCCAUGCACCAGCGCCUCGACAGGCAUCAACCCCAACCUGCCAGCUCAGACUGAAGGCACAGAGGCAGACGGCAGCCAUAGCAGCUCACCCACCGCCCUCAACUCUAGCGGGAGGAUGGACGAGUCUGUGUGGCGGCCAUAUUGAAAGAGGUCAGCCAUGUUUGGAGGGUUACACAGGUCUACAUAACAAUGCUCACAAGCUACGCAAAUCUCUGCAGUAACAGACCAUAUGGAAUUGGUUUCUAAGCACAAAUGCUAAAAAAUUGCGCAGUUCAGAGAGCAGUGUAACUAUAGUACUUUAAUUGACCAGAGUCCAUGCAUUAUAGUGAGCUAUCUGGAGUUCCACUGCAGAAUCCGGUGAGAGCCAUGCAAGCGCUCUGUUGCUGAACUGAAAUGGUAGAAGAACUUUUAUUGUAUUCGCUAUGCAUUUCCCUGACUAUUGACUGAGACAUGUUUUCAUACUCAGUGUAUUUUAGAAAUCUUUUAACACUGAACAUCUUUUUUUUUAUUUAUGAGUGAAAAGUCAGAUAUAUUAGAUGGUACCUGAUUAUGUAUAUGCCCUCAGAUCUUCUUAAUUUAUGUAUAAAAUUGUAGCAGAUAUGGUACAAAGAAGCAAUAUAAGCCAUAUAAAAAUGGUAAAUUAUGCAAAGUGGUUAGAGGGACAAAUUUAAGACGCUUGAAUAAUAUUUUGGGAAUGAUUAAUAACUUAAUUGUAUAUUUACUCCUUAGUAAUUUAAAAUGGUUUUUUCAUCUUUAUUGUAAGGUAAACACAUAUCCAAUAUGUAAACAAUGAAGGAAUGAUGUCAGACUCGGAUCAAUGGGAUUUUUAGUCCUUUUUUUUCUGUGCUUGGGUUGUUGCUUUCCUCCUUAGAAAGCUGCGUACAUAGGGAGGGGCAGUUGGCUUAAACAUUGAGGGGCACUUGCAAAGAUAACUAGACCCAAGUCUUGAACUGAGUGAAGCAUUUAUUUACACAUAUGUGACAUAUUCCUCUCUCAGUUUCUUUUCUGACUUUCUUUAUCUGAUGUUUUAUCGAAUUAAUUUAUUUUUCCAUUUUUCUUUUUAUUUAAUGAGAUCGAGUGAGUACGAGCAAGACCAAUAGCACACACCGGUUGUCUCAGUCGUUCCACGUUCACAAAGAGCCGUGUUGAGGUUGCCUAUAUUUCUUUCAGUUUACAAGCCCCCUUACAAUCACAAUGUGUUUUAAUCAUGAGCUCUGAAUACGUGUAUAACGUACACAAUCGAUGUGAGGAAUCGGCCUUUAAUAUUUAACUGGACCAUAAACUGUGUGUAUGAGGACAGGUGAACACUAUGCAAAAUAAUUAAUGUUUAAAAUGAAAUAUUUCUUACAAAACAUAUCAAAAUGGAUGGCAGAAAUAUUAUUUCAUGAAAGUGAGAAAAGUUAAAUCAAAUGUUCCAGGUCAUGUGCUAGAAGACUGUGUAGAACUGAAUAUGUAAAAUUUCAUAAUGCAAAUUUUGUAUUUGAUAAAUUUUUUUUUUCUUGCAUUCAGAUAAUCGGCCAAAUUUAACAAUCUAAAUUGCUUCCUUAAUACUGUUUUUGUUUCUAAUUGUAAUUCUAAACUUAUUUAUUACUUGGUGAACCAUGUGUCAGAUUGAUCUCUUAUUGACAAGAGAUCAACAAAAAUGUCACCGAUUUUAUAUUUGUAAUGGUGUAAUUUUUUUACGAGAUUUAAUCACGGUCUUUGAAUAUAUGUGUGUGUGUGUGUGUGUGUGUGUGUGUGUGUGUGUGUGUGUGUGUGUGUGUGUGUGUGUGUUUUGGAUUCAGACAACACGUGAUACUUCAUUUGUAAAUUGUAACUUAAGAGGCUGCGGGCAGCACCCUGGGAAUCCAAUGUAAUUUUGUUUUUGGUUUUAUCUGGAUCAAAGCACUUCUUUUUUCAUUUCUUUUUGUCUUUACCUUGUUUUGAAUAAAGCCAUGAUGCCAUGGGGGAAGGGGAACAGCUAAACAGCCAAUCACCAGGUCACAAGAGUCAUCACUUACUGCUCGAGCCAGAUUGAGUUUACAACUAAAACCUGAAUGCACAUAGUUCAGCCCACUUGGAGUCCAUACAGUAAUGAAGCAUUGUUUGAUGCUCUUGUAUCUGUGUGUGAUACAGUACUGCUACAAUAAUAAUCAGGGUUUUAACUUGGGUAUAAACUGGACUGACUGCUGGUGAGAGCACAAAAAUGUCCCUCUGGCUCAAAGUGAUCAUAUUUUUUUUUUCAUGCAUCUGCUUUUAAAAUCGGAUUCCUUGUUUUCUUUAGGCUGUCGUCUUUUGGCUGUGAGAAGAGCGAACAUGUUUACAAUACUGCAAAAGACUUAAAGAACCUCUGCACUGUUACAAUGAUUGAACUAUUUCUGAUAAUUGCUUUAUGCCAGUGAUGAAUAAUACCAAAAGGAUAAAUUGGUUUUGUCUGAAUGAUACGUUUAAUUGACAUCGCAAAGUUUCGCAAGCGGGUUUUGGGUUUGUGUCAAAUAGCUAACAAAUGUGCGGCUCACGUCGGAGCCCUGAGCUUUAUGAAUGGCCUAGCGAGUAAUGUUAAUCAGAAGCUGUGGUCAGCAAAUCCGCUGCAGGAGUCGGUUCCAGGAUUUUUCAUCUCCGAGUGAAAUCCAGCACACUUGGGGUUGACUGAUUGGCGGCGUUCACAGCUUUGAGGUCUUUGAGGGUCACUUGGGUUUCAUAACUAACCAAAAAUGAAUUUUCCUCUCUGAUUAAGUGACCUAGUAAAGCAGAGACCUGCAGGCUGAGGACAGGAAUAAGUCAAUGGAUUCAGAUUGGCCAGUCCAAAGCAGCAAAAUGCAAAAUUAGGCACGGUAUGUUAGGACAUGUCUCUCAAAUACAGUGUUUUGCUUGAGAUAUUCUGGAAAUAAACCCUUUUAUACAUGAAUACGCCUUGUUUUGAAUAACCUUCAUAGACAUUUAGUUUGUAAACUGCUGCAGAACGUUUUGUUUACUUUGUCAGUCGCUUUCCAUGCACAUACUGUACAGAUUUUUAUGUUCUAGUUGAUAAGUCACACAUGUCUCACAUCUUUUCAUUGGUUGAACUCAUUUAUUUGUGAAACUUCCAGCAGUUUCUGUAGGACUAACAGGUCCUGUAAACAUUGUGAGAUAUUUUAAACAUUUCUAAUGAUUGUAUCAUUGGUCUUGGAGAAUAAAAAGAAAGAUUUUGUUAAAAAAA